CUGAAUUAGUUAAUUAUAUCCUUUUGCUGAUGUAAAACGGAAGCGGAUUAGAUUAUGUGGCCAUCUCUCUCUCUCUCUCUCUCUUUCUCUCUCCAUCCAGUCAUCACUUAAUAAUACAUUCCAUUUUUAAUCACCUUUAGCUCACAUGCGAUCCUCGUCCUAUGAAAAAGGCGAGGAGCAUCGAAACGUAUCUGACACCCAAUCUGCACUCGUCGUGGGGGAGCUUGAAAGGGCUAAACUAAAACCGCGGGCCUGGGAUUAUCAUAACUAACCUACCUAAACCGGGGGAAAACUUGGCUCCAGACCUCCCAACGCUCCCAUGCUCCCCAUAAGUGCUUCGCAUCUGAGCUUCCGGUGAUGGGCUCGCGAUGCCGGUGCUCGCUGAGACCCGGCCUCCGCUCAGCAUGGAUAGUGGCUUGUUUCCUGCUGCUGUCCUCGUGGCUGUCGGUCGCAUAUGCUAUGAGGGAGAGCCAGAUUAGGGAUUUGAGGAAGGAGACGGAACAUAUGUUCUAUCAUGGCUUUGAUAAUUAUAUGAAACAUGCCUUCCCCGAAGAUGAACUGCGGCCUCUUACCUGUCGUCCGUUGACGCGUGAUCGCCUGAACCCGGCGCAUAUCGAAUUGAACGAUGUCCUUGGGAAUUACUCCCUUACCCUGAUCGACAGUCUAUCGACGCUCGCGAUCAUGUCCUCGAGCGAAAGCGCGGGGUCGAAAGCAUGGUUAUACUUUCAGGAUGGCGUUAGGGAUUUCGUGAAGCUAUAUGGAGACGGUUCGGAUGGGCCCUCAGGGCGCGGGGAGAGGAGUCGCGGGUUCGAUAUCGAUAGUAAAGUGCAGGUGUUUGAGACGGUCAUCAGAGGUCUAGGUGGCUUGCUCAGUGCGCAUCUCUUCGCUGUUGGUGACCUGCCUAUUCGGGGGUACGCUCCUCCAGAGGAAGAAGCGACUUUCGCGAAAGCGUGGGAUAAGCGAUCUUUCUUCGCAGACAGUCACGGCAUCAAAUGGGACAACGGGUUUGUCUAUGACGGUCAACUCCUUCGGCUUGCUGUUGAUCUAGGUAAUCGCAUUCUGCCGGCGUUCUACACCCAAACAGGCCUCCCGUAUCCUCGCGUCAAUCUACGACAUGGAGUACAAUUCUAUGCCAAUUCACCGCUGCAUGCAGCUUUCUCCGAUAGUCGUGACGAGGCUCGUGGGAACCGCCGGCAGCUGAUCCCUGAAAUCACCGAGACCUGCAGCGCCGGCGCUGGCAGCCUCGUCCUCGAAUUCACCGUCUUGAGCAGGCUCACCGGAGAUGGCCGCUACGAGGAACUUGCCAAACGUGCCUUUUGGGCUGUUUGGGCUAGAAGAAGUGACAUUGGUUUGAUUGGCGCUGGUAUAGACGCGGAGUCAGGGAGAUGGGUCAAUUCAUAUACAGGGAUCGGAGCCGGCAUCGAUAGCUUUUUUGAAUAUGCGUUCAAGUCAUAUGUAUUGCUUUCCUCUGGGCAGCGCCCAGAGUUUGAUUCCAACAGUCCCUGGAGCAUUUUAGACGGUUACUACACGCCUCUCAGUGACCACGAGCAUUCUGCGGACGCUUUUCUUGAAGUCUGGCGUGAGUCUCAAGCUUCUAUCAAGCGUCAUCUCUAUCGAGGAGCAGGGUAUCAGCACCCUCAUUUCAUCCAAGGCGAUAUAUAUACAGGUGCAACCAGAGCAUUUUGGAUUGACAGUCUGAGUGCAUAUUAUCCAGGUCUCCUGACUCUGGCUGGUGAGAUCGACGAGGCUUCUAAAGUUCACUUGCUGGCUACCGCUCUUUGGACACGGUUUUCAGCCCUUCCGGAGCGGUGGAACGUCGCUACGGGCAACAUCGAAAAUGGCCUCAGCUGGUGGGGAGGCCGGCCGGAGUUCGUCGAGUCCACUUACUAUCUAUAUCGAGCCACCAAAGACCCGUGGUACCUCCAUGUGGGUGAAAUGGUUCUCCGCGAUAUCAAGCGCAGAUGCUGGACGAAAUGCGGCUGGGCCGGUCUUCAGGACGUCCGAACCGGUGAGCUGAGCGAUCGAAUGGAGAGCUUUUUCCUUGGAGAGACUGCCAAGUACAUGUUCUUACUCUACGAUCCGAGUCAUCCAUUGAACACUUUGGAUGCUCCUUUUGUCUUCUCUACAGAAGGGCAUCCACUGAUUAUCCCGAAAGCCCCAACUACAAAGGCCGCAACGGAUCGAAGACCGGCACAACAGCCGGAUGAAAUGUCUACCACAGUCAGUAUAUGUCAGAAGCCGCCUAUCCCUCCAUCACUUACUGGGUCCUCGACCGCAGCACGCGGCGACUUGUUCCAUGCAGCGAGCUUGGCCCGGUUACAUCUCAUGCCGUCGAGGGGCCAGGUUGAAGGGGCAAUUCUGGACUAUGCGAGUGACCAUCCCAGCGUCUCGCUGUCGGAUCUUUCUUCGCCUUCUAAUUAUACCCUUUAUCCUUGGACUUUGCCUCCAGAGUUGGUGCCAUAUGAUGCCACCAGUGCGCCAAUGGCAAUACGUCCUACACUCGAUAUCUCAUUCCCUCCUCUUCCGAGUAUGGUUCUCGGUCCCGGGUCGCUGGAACGCAUCCGGGAUGGAAUCUUGAUCAAAUCUAUUGGAGGUCUUCGUCUGGGUCUUAUCCAGGACGUGCCACCGGAAGACAUGACUAUGGCACCUUCAGUGGAUAGCUUUCGAAUUCAGGUGAUCAACAAUCUUCCUCUGGGUAAGGAUGAAAAGGUCUAUCUGUCUCGGGAGAUAGUGUUUGAUAUUCUAAACCCAGCUGAUCCCAAUUUCACCCGGAUUCGCGACUCGACCAUGCUGGAUAUUGUCGUGGAUGUUAGUCCGGAGAUAUCUCGUCGGCGAAAUGCAUCGACAGCCGCCCAGACCAGUGAUGCCGCGGCGGAGCAUCGCGAUACCCUUGCUCGCGAGCAACCCCUUUCUUCAUAUUCAGAUCAGAAACUGGGAAGUGCGUACGCCCAUGCUUCUAGCGUGAGGGCUGCUCUUUCGACGUUGAUGGAUCAUGUGUCCUCCAUGCUGCGAGAUGAUCCUGCGACCUCUCUUCCGUCGGGACCAUCACAGUCAAAGGUCUCUACUGUACGCCUUGCUAUUCCAGCAAUUACUUCUGCUGGCCGGGGCUCCGGUCCUCUUCCUGACGUUGAGGAGGCAACCUUGUUUUCGCAAUCCGGGAAGCCAUCUCUGGAGCGCCUCACAUGGAGCACUAUCUACUUUUCCGACGAGACCUGUGACGAGCGGCUUCCACUCAAUGUGGUGCGCAACCACCAGGUUAUUGUCAUGAAGCGCGGCGGCUGCAGCUUUUCUCAAAAGCUGAAGAACCUCCCAGCAUUUCGGCCAGGUCGCUCUGCGCUCCAGAUCGUCAUUGUAGUCUCGUACGACGAGAUGGAUGAUGUCUUCGGCAUGGGUCAUAGCCGCUCCGAUCCAUCUCUAUUUGAUGAGUCCGCGCUGCCUGCUCUUCUUUCGCAGGCUGCGGUCCUCGCUGGACCGUACCUCAGCCGACCGCAUCUCGACGAGUUCCAGGUCACAGCAGGAGGCACCCCGCGUCAGCAACCCGUCAGCAUGGUCAUGGUGGGCGGUGGAGACGAUACCUACGAACUGCUCCGCAGCGCCGCAGCAAUCGGUAUCAAGAGGAGGUACCAUAUGCGCUCGCAAGGGAUACCAAUCAGCAAUCUGUACAUUAUUUGAAUGAUCAAUGUUUGCACUUAUAUAUAAGGAAUCGACGUUCUCGUUUUUUCCCCGACAGUACAUGAAGCGAUUCUAUAGAAGGUUUGUAUAUAGAGGGAGAUCUCUCAUGCAUUAUGGGGUCACGUGACUAUAUACAUCUUACACCCCCUGACAUUAUUAUAGACUAAAAACAAGCGUAAGCUUACUACACAAAGGCCAUAUGGCUCAGUGGUGAUAGCGUCUCACUCGUAAGAUUGAUGAGAAGAUCCUUUGUUUGGCUCAAGGUAUGGGCUGGGGAGUACCUUUUGAGAGUUUUUUUAGUAUGUGUCCAUGAGAGAGUUUUAAGCUCUACAGAUCAGUUAGUUAUCCUCUACCAGUUUCGGGUAGAAAGUGACGAUUCUUUUUUUUUUUUCUCCUUUCUUUUCGCAGUGGUGCUGAUGUCCUUCAUCAUUAUCUUUC